AUGCAACAGCUUAGUCAUCAACAAGGAAUUACAGAAAGCGGCUUCGGCCAAAAUAACAAUGUCGUUGAUUCAUUAGCGAGGCGACGUAUAACUCUUCCUGGUGGUUGUACGAUCGAUUCCUUGAAAAAAAUUGUUGAAAAUGCAAUGAAAAAAGGACAUGUUAUUGAUGUUUUGACUCUUCCUGAUCUUAUUCCAAUCAGAACUGAGGAUCAAGUUCAAGCAUUAGCUCAAAGUCAAAAAGUUGAAGUACUUUUUGAAAACGAAGACCAGUUGAUAGAUAUAUGGUCAAGUACCAAAUUCAUCAACAACUAUUGCCUUGCAAUGUCUAUUUUGAUUUUAAAAUUUAAAUAA